AUGUUGCUGCAACACCGAGCAGACCCGGACGCAACAGACCUUCGUGGACGCAGCGCCCUACUCGAAGCAGUUGCUGGCGGCUACCACACCCUCACACAAAUGGUGCUAGAGGCAAGAGCCGACCCGAAUCAGUGCAACGUCCAAGGCCGGACGCCCUUCAGCGUCGCCUGCCAAAAUAACGACGAAGAAAUUGCAAGCACCCUUCUGCUAGCGCGCUCCGACGUACACGAGCCCCGCAACGAGUACGACUACGAGACAACCGCUCUCUGCGCAUGCGCCAGCGCCAACUACAUUUCCGGCCUUAAACUUUUGCUCAGCUCAUCAGUCCACGUAGACAGCCAGUUAGAGGCCACGGCGCUCUGGCACGCAGCUUGGCACGGGAGAACCGAAGCUGUAGAAUUCCUGCUGGAACAGAAAGCCGACAUCGGGAAACAUGCCUUACACGGGGGAACGGCUCUUUGCGCAGCAGCCUUCAAGGGUCACGACUCGAUCCUCCACAAGCUCCUUUCAAACCUCUGCGAGCUCCAAUCAGAAGCAGCUGUGCGACUCCUUCCAGAACCACUGCAACUGGCAAUGUGGAGCGACAACCCCCACACAGUGAAGCUCUUGCUCGAUGCGAGGACAAACGCAAGCGGCGUCAGGAGCAACGCAUCUCGCAAGAGAAUCCACCAGCUAGAUAAGUAUCCGUGGGCCUUGGAGAUGCUGAUGCCCGCCCUGGAAACACUCCGUCUCUACCAAUAUCUCCACGAACGCCAAGCACAGACGCAGGCUGCAACUGCAAGCAGAGAUCUCUCAGAGCAACAACAGGAACCAUAA